AUGGCCGAAAAAGUCACCUCUUCAGGAAUCACUACAAAUUCGGCGACAGGCGAACGCUACAUCCCCUCUUCGGUGCGUGCUGACGGUUCCAAGCGAAAGGAAAUCCGCGUGCGCCCAGGCUACAAGCCCCCGGAGGAUGUCGAGCUCUACAGAAAUCGUGCCGCUGCCGCAUGGAAAAACCGUGAGAGAGGUGGGGUCCCGGGGGCCGAAGUGAAAAGCGAAGAAAACAAAAUUCCUCCACCGGAGAGUACGGCUGCUAGCAAUAAGAAUGCCAAGCGCAGGGAAGCAAGACGAAAGGCUAAGGAAGCCGAUGCCUCUACCGAGAAAAAGGGAUCCGACUCCGACAAUUGGCGUGUGCCCGCAGACAAGCCGGCCGAAGAGUCCUCAAAGGACCCCGUUGAUGCAGAAGCCGAAGCAGAAAAGAAGGCCCGCAACCUCAAAAAGAAGCUGAGACAGGCACGCGAGCUCCGCGACAAAAAGAGCCAGGGCGAGUCCUUACUGCCGGAGCAACUCGAAAAGGUUAUCAAGAUCCAAGAACUCGUGCGACAGUUGGAUGCUCUUGGCUUCGACCACAACGGCGACAAGAAAGAGGGCGCUGCUGGGGAGAGUGUCUGA